GCCGCCGCCCCUCCGCGCCCGGCGGCGGGAGCGCCGGGGGCUAAUGCGGCUGCCGCCCCUCAGCCCUGCGCCCGCUGGUGCCGCGGCGGUUGGGCAUGGUGGAGUCUGAUGCUGACCGUGCGUGCGUGAGUCACCGCGCCCCGCAGGCGGGUGGCCGGGCGGGCCGGGCUUUGUCUGCGCCGGGAGCAUGUGGGUGAACCCCGAGGAGGUGCUGCUGGCGAACGCCCUGUGGGUGACAGAGCGGGCCAACCCCUACUUCAUCCUCCAGCGGAGGAAGGGGCACGGUGGCGAUGGCGGCGGAGGGGGACUCGCCGGUCUCCUUGUGGGUACUCUUGAUGUUGUGUUGGACUCCAGUGCCAGAGUGGCACCCUAUCGAAUCCUCUACCAGGCACCAGACUCCUUGGUCUAUUGGACUGUCGCCUGUGGUUGCUCAAGGAAAGAAAUCACUGAACACUGGGAAUGGCUUGAACAGAAUUUGUUACAAACUCUUUCGAUCUUUGAAAAUGAGAAUGACAUAAAUACAUUUGUCAGAGGAAAAAUACAGGGUAUCAUCGCUGAGUACAACAAAAUCAAUGGCAUUAAGGAAGAUGAUGAUACAGAAAAAUUUAAGGAAGCCAUAGUGAAAUUUCACAAGCUGUUUGGGAUGCCAGAAGAAGAGAAGUUGGUGAACUACUACUCAUGCAGUUACUGGAAGGGGAAGGUUCCUCGUCAGGGCUGGGUGUAUCUCAGCAUUAAUCACCUUUGCUUUUACUCUUUCCUCAUGGGUAAGGAAGCAAAGUUGGUUAUCCGCUGGGUUGAUAUCACUCAACUUGAGAAGAAUGCCACACUGCUCUUCCCUGAUAUGAUCAAAGUGAGCACAAGGUCAAGUGAACAUUUCUUCUCAGUAUUCCUUAAUAUCAGUGAGACGUUUAAACUAAUGGAACAGCUUGCCAAUAUAGCUAUGCGACAGCUUUUGGACAAUGAAGGAUUUGAACAAGACAGGUCAUUACCCAAACUGAAAAAGAAAUCCCCCAAAAAAGUAUCUGCACUGAAACGGGAUCUUGAUGCCAGAGCAAAGAGUGAGAGAUACCGUGCAUUGUUCCGACUUCCUAAGGAUGAGAAAUUAGAUGGACACACAGACUGUACUCUCUGGACUCCAUUCAACAAAAUGCAUAUUUUGGGGCAGAUGUUUGUUUCUACAAACUACAUUUGCUUUACUAGCAAAGAGGAGAACUUGUGCAGCCUUAUUAUCCCUCUUCGAGAGGUGACGAUAGUGGAAAAGGCAGACAGCUCCAGUGUGUUGCCCAGUCCGUUAUCAAUCAGCACAAAAAACAGAAUGACAUUCCUCUUUGCCAACCUGAAAGACAGAGACUUUCUUGUACAGAGAAUCUCAGACUUUCUGCAACAAACCACAUCAAAAAUAUACCUGGAGAAAAAUAUUUCUGGAAGCUAUAUGAGCUCAGAUGAUGAGGUGUUUACAAGAUCGAGUAGUGUUAUUUCUGCCAGCCCUCAUAAAAGCCUCAGCUCUGAGUCUGAGGGAGAGCGACAGUUCAAUCUCAAUGACAAUGGCAUUCCAACAGCAACUCAAGCUUUAAUGACAAUGUAUCGGCGGAGGUCACCCGAGGAGUUCAACCCCAAGCUGGCUAAAGAGUUUUUGAAGGAACAGGCCUGGAAAAUUCACUUUGCUGAAUAUGGCCAAGGAGUUUGUAUGUAUCGCACAGAGAAAACCAGAGAUCUUGUGCUGAAGGGCAUUCCAGAAAGCAUGAGAGGAGAACUUUGGCUACUGUUUUCAGGAGCCAUUAAUGAAAUGGCCACUCAUCCUGGCUAUUAUGAGGACCUGGUGGAGAAAUCAAUGGGGAAGUAUAAUCUUGCUACAGAAGAGAUAGAGAGGGAUCUGCACCGCUCCCUUCCAGAACACCCUGCAUUCCAGAAUGAGAUGGGUAUUGCUGCUCUAAGGAGAGUCUUGACAGCUUAUGCUUUUAGAAAUCCAAACAUAGGAUAUUGUCAGGCUAUGAAUAUUGUCACUUCAGUACUCCUCCUUUACGCAAAAGAGGAGGAGGCUUUUUGGUUGCUGGUGGCUCUGUGUGAACGUAUGCUGCCUGACUACUACAACACAAGAGUUGUUGGAGCAUUGGUGGAUCAGGGUGUCUUUGAAGAGUUGGCUCGUGACUAUGUUCCACAGCUUUAUGACUGCAUGCAGGACUUGGGUGUAAUAUCCACCAUUUCCCUGUCCUGGUUCCUCACUCUUUUCCUCAGUGUAAUGCCAUUUGAAAGUGCAGUGGUGGUUGUGGAUUGUUUCUUCUGUGAAGGAAUAAAGGUGAUAUUUCAGUUAGCGCUCGCUGUCCUCGAUGCUAAUGUAGACAAGCUGCUUAACUGUAAAGAUGAUGGAGAAGCCAUGACAGUCUUGGGAAGAUAUUUGGACAGCAUAACUAAUAAGGACAGCACUCUUCCACCUAUUCCUCAUCUUCACUCACUGCUCAGUGAUGAUGUAGAGCCUUAUCCUGAGGUGGAUAUCUUCAGACUAAUCAGGUCUUCGUAUGAGAAAUUUGGAAGUAUCCGAGCAGAUUUAAUUGAACAAAUGAGAUUCAAACAAAGGCUGAAGGUUAUUCAAACCCUUGAAGAUACUACAAAGCGCAAUGUGGUACGAACUAUUGUGACGGAGACAUCUUUUACUAUUGAUGAACUGGAGGAACUGUAUGCUCUUUUCAAGGCAGAACAUCUGACUAGCUGCUACUGGGGAGGAAACAGCAAUGCUACUGACCGGCAUGAUCCCAGCCUGCCUUAUCUGGAGCAGUACCGUAUUGACUUUGAGCAGUUCAAGGGGAUGUUUGCUCUCCUCUUUCCUUGGGCAUGUGGAACUCAUUCAGAUGUAUUAGCUGCACGCUUAUUCAGGCUUCUUGAUGAAAAUGGAGACCUGCUUAUCAACUUCCGUGAAUUCGUCUCUGGGCUAAGUGCAGCAUGUCAUGGAGAUCUUACAGAGAAGCUGAAGCUUCUGUAUAGAAUGCAUGUUUUGCCUGAUCCAUCCCCUGAGCAAGAAGAACCAGAUUCUGCUUUUGAAGCUACUCAGUACUUUUUUGAAGACAUCACACCAGAAUGUACACAUGUUGUUGGCCUAGACAGCAGGAACAAGCAAGGAGUAGAUGAUGGGUUUGUUACAGUGAGUCUGAAAACAGAAAAAGGCAAGAAGAGCUCACAAGAUAAUCGAAAUUACCUGAGAAUGUGGAGCCAAGAGAAUAAAUCCAAAGCAAAAAACACAAAGGACUUGCCCAAACUGAAUCAGGGACAGUUCAUUGAACUGUGCAAGACAAUGUACAAUAUGUUCAGUGAAGACCCCAAUGAACAAGAUCUGUACCACGCUACUGCUGCUGUUACAAGUUUGCUUUUGGAGAUAGGUGAGGUUGGAAAGCUCUUCAGCGUGCAGCCCACAAAAGAGACAGACAGCAGCAGCAGCAACUGCAGCAAAACUAUUCAAAGUGAGCUGUUCCAGAAGAAGGAGCACCAGCAGUACCCCCUCCAACAGCACAAGCCCUUCCAAAGCAGCCUCAGCACCAAUGACGAGGAGGCAGUUUGCACCGACAGCACCCUGGGCAUGCAGAUGGAAGACAUCAAGCUCGAAGACUCUUCACCCAGGGACAACGGAGCCUGUUCUUCCAUGCUUAUUUCUGAUGACGAUACGAAAGAUGAUAGUUCCAUGUCCUCCUACUCGGUACUGAGCGCAGGUUCGCACGAAGAAGAAAAGCUGCACUGCGAGGACAUCGGUGAAGACACCGUUUUGGUACGGAGCAACCACACCACUUCUCUUCGGAGAAGCACUAGCAUUGACAGAGACUGGGCCAUUACCUUUGAACAGUUUUUAGCCUCCCUUUUGACUGAGCCAGCGCUGGUGAGGUACUUUGACAAGCCUGUGUCCAUGAUGGCCAGGAUUACUAAUGCUAAAAAUGUAAGGCUGAGGGGGAAACCAAUCACCUCGGCCAGUGACUAUGAAAUCUCUACUAUGUCGGGAUAAAGGGCAGUCGGGGCUUUUAUUUAUUUUUUUUAUUCUGUAUUUAUUAGUACCUGGCACAGGCCAUGGUAUUUUCAAACCAUGAUAGUUUUCACUAACAUGAAAAUGUUGGGGUGCAAACGUAACUUAUCUUGAAGUAUAAUCACUCUUUCUGUGCGAAAUGUUACACAAAUGCAAAUUAUUCAAAAUACAGAGAAAAAGUAUCGGUUGUCAGUGAAGUGUGUGUAUUAUUAACCUUGCUGUCAAUAUAAAAUGGUAAAGAUUAGUUCUUCAUUUCUAAAUGUAAACUUAAUGCUGGUAUUUAUGUGCAUUUUUAAAAUAGGCUUAUAGAGAGAUCUGAUUCUUGGGGAAAAAAUAAACAAAACAUAAAGUACCUAAGAUUUAAAGGGACACUGUCAACCUGAAUAGGACCUCACAUGAAAUUAAGUUCCAGGCAACAUCCCUGAAGGACAGUUUUAUUUUAUGUAACUUUUUUUCCAAAGCAGAUAGUGGGUUUUAAUGUAUGCUUCAUUUUAUGUUUCUUUAAUACAUUAAAGAUGAAUUCAGUGACACCUGCCUGGCUCCUAACUUCCACUGCUUGAGACUGGAACACUCAAAUAGAAGAAGUCCAUCCCAAGCCUAGCUGGCCUAUAAGGCAAAUGUGGUUCAAUGUGAUCAUUUCUCCUGUAGCAGAAGGCAGAAGCCCAUUUGCCUUUCCCUGGGUUCAGUGCCCCUGGCUGCACCAAAGCAGGGAGGAAGCCCUUUCCAACCUAUGGCCACCGGGGGAAGAUUGACAGCAUGACCCUGCCUGGAGCUGUAUUCCUAACAGUGGACUUGGGAAGCUUUGUUGGUAUGCUCCAAAGACAGUACAUGCAGGUCCCAGAACAGAUUGGUAGAGUCUCUUUUUAAAAAUCAAAAGCUGUUUUUAAAAGUUAAAAAAAAAAUUAUAUAUAUAUAUAUGCACACAUAUACACUUCUAAGGCUGGAUCUAUAGCUUAGCUCUUAAAACUAACCUUUACCACCAACCUAUUAUAUCCUUGUUAGAGUAAGAAAAUAAAAACCUAUAUUGCGUAAGUCUUCAUUUACAAGUGUAAAGUAGCAGUAAUGGAAAACAAAAAUCUGCAAGAUAUGUAAGUGAAUGUUUAAGUCUAACUGAGAACACUGUCACUUUAUAUAAAAUGAAUAGUAUCCUGUAUCAGCUUACUGAAUAAUAUGUUAAAAUGAAAACUGGAGCACCUGCACUUUGAAUCCUUGCUUUUAUACAGGUAUUAAUGAUUUUUUUGUUGUUGUUGUUUUUUAAUUCAUGUUUGUUUAAGUUCAGGAUCAUGCCUACAUGCCUAAUCUUUAUUUGCUGUUUUGAUAAUGUUUUCUGUAGAAUAUUAUUGAUUUCUUUUUUUUCUUUUAUACUCCUGUAUAUUGCAUCCAUGGAACUGGCAGAUUUUUUUAGCAGAAGCUACAUUUAGUUCUUUUGUUUUAAAAGAAUGCUUUUAAACUGUCAGAUGUAGUGGUUUUUUAACCACUGAUAGGUAACGUGAACAAAUAAAGUACACUGCACAGAUUUGGUUUUUAAGUAUUAAAGUCAUGCUAGAGAGAAAAGUA